UAAACACUCUACAGCAGGAGAUCAAUAAUAUGAGGUCCUCAGGUGCUGAUCUACAACACCUGGAGCGGCUCUCUCAUUCGAACAAUGAUGUUCGAUUUUUACAGGUAGAGUGAUUGAAAAUGGCCGUGAAACAGAAAUGGACGCCUGGUGAAUCUUCAAGUAAAAGUUCAAGUCACAUUCAAGUUAGCGAGCUAAUAGAAAAGCUAAACGCGACCAGCAAGAUGAGCUUAUUCACAAUUUCCAGAAAAGUGAGAAACACUAGAAUUGUUAGAUCACCACCACCACAGACACGAGAGGAGUUUCUGCAGUAUGCAUCAAAACUCACUUUUAAUACCAACUCAGCAAAUGAAAGUCUCAUCUUGAGGAAUGAGAACAGGGAGGUGAUAGCCACGCACCUGCUCCAGGACUAUCCUGAACACACUCAGAGGUUUAACUGCAGGGCACAAAUCCUGUGCAAUGAAAUUCUCAGAGGGUCCCCUAAAUAUUGGGAAGUAGAGAUUGGCGGGGGCACUUGGGUCUGCAUUGCUGUGUCCUACCAAGGGAUCCGUAGAAAAGGCAAGCAGCGUACACUUUUUGGAAGAAAUGCUCAGUCAUGGGGAUUGCGCUGUGAACGUGUCCGUGUUUACAGGGUUUCCGACAACAUGAGUCUCAUUUAUAAGCACCAAACUGUUUUUAAAGAGCCUGUUUAUCCUGGGUUCGGACUGGCUGGGAAAGGUUCCUAUGUGAGGCUUUGUGAUCCAGUGACAAAUUAG